AUGGCUCUGCGCAACGGCAGAAUGGCGCUGUUCCAUGUAGCAUGGAUUUCUAGCGCUAUCUAUAUUGGUGCCCGUGACCUUGCCCGCUACGAAUUCGCAGGCAGUGAUGACCACAAGGGGUCAACCGAGUCCUUGAUCGCUUACCCUCUCAACGCCCCUGUGGUCCCCUCUGUCGAACCUGUCCAGCAAUCGACUUCCAUUCCAUCCAUCUUCGAUGUUCCAACCUUCACCACCACGGAGUACAUCACAGUCACCAGAGACAAUGACCCAACUCCUGUGCCUUAUAUUCACCGCGGGUUGUCUUCUCACAACCCCUAUGCAAACAGCUCGUUCGUUCAGGGCGCCAUCCCCUACUUUGUUCCCUUCUUCCGGAGCUCUUACGGUCAGGCUCUCACGCACACCCUCAGCUGGUUCGGCAACCACCCCGUCACCAAAGCUAUGUACCAAGCGAUCGCCUCCCUCAUCAGCUUCCUCCUCUAUCUUUGGUCGAUCAUACCCGGAGGCAAGCAAGAUCUGAACACUUUGGCAGUUGCACUGUUCCUCUAUGCACUCCAAUUUGCCCCCAAGCCACCCAAGAGUCCAUCGUCAACCGAAGCCCAGACUACACCUGGCAACACUGAAUCGACUGGAGCUCAUAACACAGGUCCUGUCACAGCAGGAGAGCAAAGUUGUCUAGACAAGCUUACAGAAGCCCGCGCAAUCAUUGCAGCUCGCGAUGAAGCCCUCGCACUUCAACAGCAGACUACCUCAGCACGCAACAAGGCGCACGGAAAAUCCUUGCGUGAACACGCUUCUCGCAUCACAGAGCUCGAAGCCAGGAUCCGCGUUUCUGAUCGUGAGCGCAAUGCCGACAAACAAAGCCACAGGAGUGAGAUCAACAGACUCCAGGCGCAAAAUGAUACCACUGCCUCAGACCUCGAGGCUAGAAUUGCUGAGAUUGAGCGCCUCAAGGAGGCACACGAGGCACAGAUCAAGGAGCUCACGGCUGAACACAACAAUGCUCCUAGCCAGCAGAACGAGAUCAUCUCAGGCACGGCUGAGAAUGCCAACAGUCCUGAAGAGAGACAAGAAUCCGAACGCCAGAUCAGAGGAUUGCAGGAGGAAGAAAGGCUCGAACGAUCCGAAGAGACCGUUGCAGGCUUGCAGAGGCAGUCGAGGGGUUCUCGAGGCGACCUGUUUGCCCCUCCUUCACCACGGGUCACCGCACUCGAAAAGGAGGUUGCGGCACUCCAGGAGGCUCUGAGCAAACAGAAAGACGAGGAGGUUGCUGCUGCUAAAGAGCACGAGAAAGUCUCUCUUGAGGUGCAGAACGACCAGCAACUGGCUCUCAAAGAAUGCAACAACAGAGUCGAGGCUCUUAAGAGCACGAACGCUGGGCUUACCCAGCAGAAUGAGGCACUGGUCGAGCAGAAGAACGCAGCCAAGCAGGCCGAGGAGAAGGCCAACACAAAGGCUGAGGCAUUGCAGGGCCAGGUUGACUCCCUCCAACACUCACUCUCGCUCGCUGGAGCUGGCAAUGAAGCAGCUGCCGGACUACAGCAAGAUAUUGUUGGCUUGACACAGCGCUUCAAAGAUACAAAAGAGGCACUAGAUGCCCGCGAGAAUGAAUUGCAGCAGGCUAGGGAUGUCAACGCUGCAGCUGCCAGACAGCAGCAGGAGGAUGCUGCCACAACACAGAGCUUGAGAGAGUCCGCCGCGCAGUUGACCAGCCGUAUAAGCGGUCUCCAACAGGAUCUCGUGCAGGCUAGAAGCGCCCACGAGGCUGACGAGGGUCAAAAGCUGCAAACAGCUCUUAACGCCUCUCAAAAUCUGCAAACAGCUCUUGACGCCUCUCAAAAACUCAACCAAGAUUACAAGAAAGAGGGUGAUGCACUACAAAAGGCUCAUGACUCUCUGAAACAGGCCUACGACGAACAGGCCCAGAGAUGUGCGGCCGAGAAGCUAGCUCUGGAAGAACAGGCUCAGAGAUGUGCGGCCAAGAAGCUAGCUCUGGAAGAACAGGCUCAGAGAUGUGCGGCCAAGAAGCUAGCUCUGGAAGAACAGGCCCAAAAGAGACUUCAUCAUGAGAAGCAAAACACUGAAGGCCUGCGCAACAGUGUCACUACAACGACACCCCGUAGUCCGAAUUCGCCUCUGCGCAACAUGUUCGACAUGAGAUCAUCUCGUCCUCCUACACCGAACGUCUUCAAUACUGCGAAUGGUGCACUCAACAAUGCUCCGGUGUUGCCACCUAACCCUAACUCCUCGGCCAUUACCUCUGGGCACUCACAGAAUCCUGCUGCUCCAGGAACCCCUCUUGAUCCUGCUCUAGGUGGCAUUGCUCCUCCAGCCAUUCCAGGUGCUGCGAAUACCCCUGUGACGCCGCGUGAUCAGGAGCGUGCAGAAGCUCGUGCAAAGGACGCUGAAUCCCGCCGGCAACUCCAGCACGAGCACAGGAAGAAAGAAGCGGAAGACCUUGCACGCCUUCAUCACGAGGAAGCCAAGAAAGAAACCGAAGACCUUGAACGCCGCCAGCAACGUGAGCACGAGGAAAGAAAGAAAGAAGCCCAGCGAAUAAAACAAGAAAUCGCUCGUGAUGCGCUUGGCAAUUUUGAUGGUGUGUACCAAGGUGAUGAUUCGGCAAACGCUGCGCAGGCACGCGCCAAUGAUGGAAACGAAGACACAAAUAUGGCCGGUGUUGCGCCCAGUAACUUGGUCGUGGGCUCGAGAGAAGAGCACGCCUAUCUGAGAAGCAUGCCCGACAAUGGAACUGGACUCCAUGAUGAAUUGUACAGACGCCAUAACUACAGAAGCCCUGACACCAUGGAUGAAACCGACUCACCGAUAUACUUCAGCGAUUUUGUAGCAGGCUCGGAUGCAGAGAUAAGCUUCUUGCGUCAUUCAAUGCCAGCAAACCGGGACGGUCGCUUCGAUGAUUUGUACAGAGGCAACGACUACAAAGCCCCCGACGACUUCGAUGAAUUCGGAGAACCUAUCUGGCGCUAG